GGGGGGGCGUGGUGGCCGGCUGGUGCAGGAGGCAAGGGAGGCUGUGGGCGUGAGGGCGUUUAGUUGGGGCGCGGCAGCCCGUUGUGUCGGUGUCUAGGUUGUCUUCGUGAGCGAACAAGAUGGCUGGUGACGAAGACAAGAAGAAGAAGAAGAAGAGCAAGAAGGAGAAGGAGGAGAAGAAGGAGGAACCUCCUCCCGAGCCUGAGCCCGAGCCUGAGCCCGAGCCCGAGCCCCAGCCUGAGCCUAAGCAGGACGAGGAGGCCUCGGAUUGGUUCACUGAUGCAACAGAACCCACCGGGGAGGAGACGCAAGCAGCGGAGGAGGCCCCAGCUCAAGGGGGGAUGCCCGAGGACGCCAUGGAGCCCCCACCGGCGCCGAAGAAGAAGCCCAAGUUCUUCGUCCACUGGAACAGGCGCAAACCCCGCUUCUACGACUACAACUGGGACUACGGCGACAACUACUACAGCAACCUUGUCAAAUACAUGGACAACCGCUCUGGAGUGAUGCGCGGAUCCGCCGUUUCAGAUAUACCCCGUCGCAUGGCCUUCGCCGAGCGCGGCAUCCGCAGCAACGUGCAGCGCCGCGCCACGCCCGACACCCGCACCGCCAACCUGCUCGACGAUGUGCGUAAGUCCAUCAGGAACUUCGAGCUGUCCCAGAAGACCUACAUGAAGUAAGGCCCCGUCCAGCCCCGCCCCGCGCUGCCCGCCCCGCCCCGCCGCCCCUGCCCCACAAGACCACCACCACCGCGGGCCCGACUCAUCCCGCCUCGGGAAGACAGGACCCGCGGCGGGCAGGGGCGCGGCGCCUGUGCCAGGGACGAGGCCGCCGUCACCAGGGGCGAGCACCACCACCACCACCAGCAGGCCACCACCCGCAUGGCCUCUUUCCAGUCAACUGUUGCCAGCGUAACGACGUCUGUCUUCUCGUGGACGUGACGACUCCACUCUGUCUGUCUCUCUUCCUGUCUAUCCGUCUGUCUGUCACGACGCAGCGGCCCCCUGCUGCUGUCGCUUCUUCCCGCCCUCUGUACGUGCCCACCACUGUUGGGCGUGCGUACGUGUGUGUGUAUGUGUGAGUGUGUGUGCAAGAGUGUGUGCGUGUGUGUGUACCUGUGCGGUGAGCGUCUGUGGUGAGGGCGUCAGUCAGCGCAGCUCAGUUCGCCCAAGAACCGCGUGAGGGCGGUGGGGCGACGCGUCCCCGGCACCCCAGCCCCGUGGGGCACGCCGCCCCCUGCCCCGCCUGUCAGCCACCCCACCUCCCGCACCUCCGGGGGGCGGGGAAGGGGCCAGGGCUCCCCUGGACCAGCGGCCGCGGCUCGCCGUGACCCGGGGUCCUCGGGGCCGCCAGUGGCCCGCCGCAGCCCGCCCCCCGCCAUCGCCUCGCCAACGACCGACUGCCGCGCCGCGCCGAGGUGCCCCACUCACAGCGAGGGGGUGGCGCCCCCUCACGCCACGACAACCACUCCAUCAUAAUUAUGUAAAGUGAAGGACAUCUUUCAUAUAAAACAUCAACAUCA